UAUUAUAGACGAGAAGAUAGACCAAUUCCACUAUGAUUGUGGAAAAUGUCCAUCAGGGAUUCUCAACCUUUCUCCAUACAUCAAGACUAAAGAUCUAACACUCCAAAACAAAAUAAAGAAAAUAAAUAUGAGUAAAGUUCAAUGCGCCCAAUGUAAUAAUAAACCAGCUUGUAAUGCAGAUACAUUUUUUGAAAGUCAAUUGUUUUGUUGGGAAAAAGAGUUUAACAAAUGGACAGCAACGAAAGGAAAAAGAGUUUGUAAGAAAGGAUUUUGCUUUGUUGGGAUUAAUAAAGAAGAGAAGGGUAAAUUAGAAUUUAAGGUAUUUGUCGGUUAUCUUUGCCCCCAUUUUUUAAGGAAUAGUACAAGGCUGUGGUAAAUGUUCGGGACAGCAUAAUCUCGAUAAAUGUUUUAAUUGUUCAACUCCUCUCUGCAAUGAUGAAACAAAACUUCCCCAAAUUAAAUGUUACCAGCUUACUUACAAUCAACUACCUUAUGAGAAGAAUGCUAG